UUUAAAUUUACCGCAUUUUUAUUUCAAUAUUUCUAUAGUGGAAUACCGCGUCCUUCCCCCACCGAAAGCCCUCCCUUUCCCACCAUUUUUUAAUAAAGGUUUUUUGUAGUGUCGUGAUGUCAGCCGCCACUUGCUAUUAACUAUUUAUUAUAUUCAAAUAGUCAAUACCAAUAAAGAUAGUUUAAAAGUCGAUCAUUUUUAUUUUUGCAGUAACCAAAAAUAAAAACACGCUACAAUUUACUAUUUCAGUAAAUCUUAUUGUAACGGUGCUUUCCCAAAAGCGUUUGUGUCGGAACUUGACACGCUUAAAAUCUUUUAAAAUGACAGCUUGAUUUGGUUUGGUUUCCGCUACUGUGCUAUUGUGCUAUUUUUUGGUUUAUAAUACGAAAAUCAUUAGAAAAUGUCAAUUUCUACUGCUACAGACGAACGAACCGAGGGCGAUGAUGAUACAUCACAAGGAAGUCAGCCAAAAGAUGAUAGCAGUGACUCUGAGAAUGAAAACGAAAAUGAGAAUGAACAUGAGCAUGAACAUGAAAAUGAGCAUGAGCAUGAGCCCCAGAGUCAAAAUGGAGGCUCUCCAGGACCUGAGGUACAUGAAAUCACAAGUGAUGAUGAGGAAGAUUGUGUAGUGACUAAUGAUGACGACAGUUCAAACUCUAGUACAGAUAGUAAUGAUAGUUCUGAUGAAUCACAAAAUGAAAGUAAAGCCAUUGAAGAGAAGAAAAUGGAGGAGCAGCAACUGGAAAAUGGUGGUGAAGAGUCUGAUGUUGAAGAAGUUUCUAUGGAGGACCCUCUCAAUGAAGCCCCAGUUGUUAAGAACAAACCAAUAGUUGUCAGUGAUACCAAAAGUUUGGCAGAUUUAGCAACAAAACAAUCAAAGUCAAAUGGGGAUCAAAACAGUGAGCCGACUGUAGUGAUUAUCGACACAAAUUCAAUUUUGUCUAGCAAGGCCCCAGUCUCAGCACCUAGCAAGCCCAUGUCUACAAGUGCCUUAGAUGCACACAACCUGUGCCAGAGUAUUGCAGCUCGGGGCACAACUAUUACUCCAGUGAGUGUUAAAAAUGCAUCCUCAAACAGUAACAGCACCCCUGCCCCACAACCUAACAUUCUGCCCUCGCUUACUGAUGACAUGUUUGUUGUGGAGGCACCCUCAUUCAUAGUACCUUACGUGUAUGAGAAGCCUUCUAUUAAGCCCUUUAGGGAAUUUGUGGAUAAGCUAGGAAAAGAACUAGAAGAGCUUAAAAUUAAAGAAGAUCACGAGAAAUUGGAGAGAGAAAGAUUAGAAAAUGAGAAGAAAGAAAAGGAAAGGCAGGAGCGUAUCAGUAAAGGAGAGAUCCUGGCUGAUGAUGAAGGUAGUGAAGAAGGUAAAAGUGCAGAAGCUAAAGACAGAAAAUCAGAGAAAAAGAAGAAGAAGCGUGGACAUGAUGAGGAUGAUGACUCAUGGGAUGGAGAGUCUUCUUCUGAUUCAGAAGAUGAAGUCAUAUCAGAUGAUGAUGCUGUGGUGAUUAAAGAUCGUGAUGACACUAUUGAUGACCUGAAAGACCCCAUUAGCCUGAUUGCCAAAGGUUUAAGUGGGGGUAAACCUGAUAGCUAUUUUGAUUGUUCGCUUGGACAAUUUUUUAUAAAUGUUGGACUUAAUUUAGUUCAGGAAUAUGUGCAAAGUGAUUUACUCAAGCAUCAGAAUCGAAAACUAUACAAGGAAAAGAAAACUGGUAAAAACACUAAAGCCACAGAGGCAGCUAUUUCUUCUUUAACACAAAACUUGGAGUUCAGUAAGAAAACAAAUGCUCCGUAUGCUCUUGUGCAGAAAAAGUGUGAGUUUUGUAGCUUUAAGACUGAAUCCAUGUUGGUCAUGGCCCAUCACUUAGAGGCACCACACAUGCGAAAUAACAUCUACAAAUGCAACUCUUGCGAGUUUGAAAUUCGUAGCCCGCAUGACAUAUUGUUUCAUAUGGAAGCGGAACACAACAUUAGGGGUAGAUUGGAAAGAGCUCCUGCAUAUCAACAAUGUGCUAACUGUCAUUUCGAGGAUAACAGCAAAACUAAAUUAGCGCGCCAUUUGAUUGCGUGCGCCAAGAAAUUUAAACCAGAGCUUAACCUAGGACCGCCAAUAGAGUGGGAACCACCCGCGAAAAUACCUAAACUAACAAGAGCACGUAAUAACGUGGUUGGCACUUACCCGUCUAACUUCAAUAAGACACAAAUCAAUAUGAAUAAUUUGAGUCGGCCCCAAAUAAACAUGCCAAAUGUGAUUUCGAGCAUGCCUGUGCUUGGCAGACCUCGUGGACGGCCGCCCAUCUCAGGCCCGCCCCGCCCCACUCCCGUGGCGGGCGUGCCGAUCCUACGCAGCGGCGUUAUGAUAAUGCAUAAUUCACCUGCUGUCGGGACCACUAUUGCCAAUUACCCUAUGAUGCAUAACCAGAGUAAUAAUGCUACACCUAAGAUCUCCAUCACUCCACUUCCACGCGCACCGCAACCUUCGUCCUCACAAUCAUCCCAAAACUCCAAAGCUACCUUUGUCAUCUGUGAAAUCUGUGAUGGUUACAUAAAAGACUUAGAACAAUUGAGAAACCAUAUGCAGUGGAUACAUAAAGUUAAAAUUCAUCCAAAAAUGAUUUAUAACAGGCCACCAUUGAAUUGCCAAAAAUGUCAAUUUAGAUUUUUUACAGACCAGGGAUUGGAACGCCACCUUCUUGGUUCCCAUGGUUUAGUUACGAGUUCUAUGCAAGAAGCUGCUAAUAAAGGCAAGGAUGCUGGUCGAUGUCCCGUGUGUGGAAGAGUGUACCAAUGGAAGCUACUGAACCAUGUUUCAAGGGACCACAAUAUGACAUUGAAGCCUGCACACCUGUCAUACAAAUGUACAGUAUGCACUGCCACAUUUGGAAUGUACAAACAGUUUGAGAACCAUGUUUACUCAGCUCACAGUGUUGUAGCCAAGCGUGUUAUGGAUAAAAGUAAGACUCCUGCAUCAUCCACCAAGAUUGCAGAAACUGAUCCUAUCCUAAAACCCCUCAAAAUAAGUGAUGAGAUUACAAUCAUACCACAACCAGCAAAAUCAACUGUUACUAUUACAGCAAAAGGCAAAUAACAAUAAAGUGGAAGGGAGUGUGCAGACUGUAUUAGCACCAGUAGACCGACAAGCCUGCUUUAUCAGUGAUGCACAUCUGUGGUAUCAAGCAGUAUUGUGUAAAUAACCUUAAGCUAUAUCAAACUUAUUUAAAAAUAUUAACGGAAACCUGAAGCAUUGAGAUAAUUCAUUAAGUAAAUCUCUAAAGAUGGUAUUUUUAACAAGGAAGUGUCGACUUGUAAAGUGUAUUUAAACUAUUUCGUGAAUAUGUAUACCUUAUCAUUAUCAAGCAACAAACGGUGUUGAGCAACUUAAUGUUAAGGGCUUAAUUCACCACUAUUUGUAUAUUGUUAGUGGUUUGAGUGCAAAGCGACUGUUUGUUUGUCACAAAUUGAAACCUGACAUGUUUUGAAUAUAUUUUGAUCUGUAUCCCAUUGCUGUAUAGGUAACUAUUUGUUAGAGUAAAUGUGAAAUGAAUGCAACAAUUAAAUAUUUGUCUAAUUCUAAUUCUCCCUGUGAGUAUUUAUUUAUUUCAUUCUCAAGUGUAAAUCUGAAUGUAGUAUAUCUACCUGUUCUAGUUAAUUCCUAGAUGAUUUAAGUUUACGAAAUUAUUGUAAAAAUACUUUAGGUAGACUUUCCAUUAUGAGUGUAUAUUAUUAAAUCACUUUAUGAUUAUAACAGUUUAGAUAAGCAUAGAUUACAAACUGUAGACAUUAAAUGUAAGUGAAAUAUUGAGUCUAAAUCAUCCUUCACAUUCAAUAUCUACCACAACCACUGCUAUUGGGUACUGGCAGAACCAAUGCUAACGUCGGUCUUAUUUAUUUCUGAUCUCAGGUCAACAGGAUGAAGUGUUGAUUUGGUAAAAGUUUACUGAAAUGUUAAUGUACUUAUAGAACUGAAAAUGAUGUAUUUUUUUUAUUUAAUAAAAAAGACCACUGUAAUUGAAA